AGCUCAGAUGAUGCUGCCUCGAUAGAUCGAUUAUUAACACGAAGUACGGACGGAUACUCAGUGCCUAAAAGAUAGGCUGCAUAAAAAGAAGGUUAAAAAGAAAACAGAUGGUGCAGGGUUGAUUUUAGCCUAUAUGCAUCAUUUUGAAAUUUCUGUGGAAAAUAAUAGGUUGGUCAGCAAAGUCGUCCAAAGGACGACAUGGUUUUCAUUUUCCUCACGGGCAAGGCGAACAGGGAUGCGGAUGGGCUGCUCUUAAACGAACCUAACACAACUACACAGAAAGACCUCCAUUCCUUUCUCCAGUAAUAUGGCUAUUCACAACCUUUUUUCAGCUAACGGUUUGACCACAUCCCUGUGACUUCAUUGCUUCACAUUUUCAGACUUGGUUGUUGCUGAACUGGCUUGAAUAUACAAUAUCUGUUGCUACAGCACCUUGGGCACCAAGAGGAAUAUUUAGAAUAAUCAUGAGCACCCAUGAGUCAGACGUGCACACCAUCUCUCCGGAGAUGCCCGCAAUGUUUGAUGGCAUGAAGCUGGCAGCUGUGGCCACAGUGCUCUACAUCAUCGUCCGCUGUUUGAACCUCAAGAGCCCCACCGCGGCCCCAGACCUCACCUACCAGAACACGCCACUCAACCGCUUCCUUCUCAAGUCCUGUCCACAGCUGACCAAAGAGUACAUUCCUCCCUUACUGUGGGGUAAGAGUGGUCACCUCCAGACGGCACUUUAUGGUAAACUGGGUCGGGUGAGCUCUCCUCACCCCAGUGGAAUCAGGAAGUACUUACCCAUGCAUGAUGGGGCCACUGCAACCUUUGACCUCUUUGAGCCACUGGGGGACCAUCGAACAGGAGAUGACAUCACUAUGGUGAUAUGCCCUGGUAUCGGUAACCAUAGUGAGAAGCAAUACAUUCGAACCUUUGUGGACUGCGCCCAGAGGGACGGUUACCGCUGUGCUGUGCUGAACCACCUGGGAGCUCUUCCCAACAUCGAGCUUACUUCUCCACGCAUGUUUACUUAUGGCUGCACAUGGGAGUUUGCAGCCAUGGUUGGCUACAUUAAGCGGGCGUAUUCUCAGACCCAGCUGAUCGUGGUAGGUUUCAGUCUGGGUGGAAACAUUGUAUGCAAGUUCCUGGGUGAAAACAGAAUGAACCAGGAGCGAGUGCUGUGUUGUGUCAGCGUCUGUCAGGGGUACAGCGCUCUCAGAGCUCAGGAAACAUUCCUGCAGUGGGAUCACUUCAGACGCUUCUACAACUUUCUCAUGGCUGAUAAUAUGAAGAAGAUCAUCCUCUCACACAGGCACAGUCUGUUUGGAGGAAGCUCAGUUAAAAUGGUAGAUGUGGACCUCAGUCGGCUAUACACGGCGACAUCUCUCAUGCAGAUCGACGACAACAUCAUGAGAAAGUUCCACGGCCACAGCUCUCUCAAAGAGUACUAUGAGAAGGAGAGUUGUGUUCAUUAUAUCCACAAUGUAAAUGUGCCACUGCUGCUGGUCAACUCUGCAGAUGACCCUCUGGUCCAUGACUCACUGCUCACCAUCCCUCGCACAUUAGCAGCAAAGAAACCGAAUGUGAUCUUUGCCCUGACGCUACACGGAGGCCACCUGGGCUUCUUCGAGGGUGCAGUGCUCUUCCCCCAACCCCUCACCUGGAUGGACAAAGUGACUGUGGGUUAUGCCAACGCUAUGUGCCAGUGGGAGAAACAGAAACCUCCGUGCCACAGUGACCACAUGAGUGAGAGCUCUUGCACCGAGGAAGAAGCUUAAACCUCCGACUUCUGUCUCUGUCACCUUUUCUCUUUCCUUUCGCCACUCCACCCUCUCCAGCUCUGUUGACCCGGACAACUGAACUAAGUCUCAAACUGCUCCCUCUUCUCUGCCUUCUCCACGGGUGCUACUCACUGCUACCGACCCAUACUUCCCGGUCACACGCCUUCACCACAGUUCCCCUUUGCUUUCCCUUAUACUACAGUAUGUGAAGGAACAAAAACAACUAAACUGCCUUCGUGCUCUUUUCUGUUAUGGAAACUCAACAGGAACCUUUUGUUACUUUACAUGUCCACAUCAGUGGACAGUUGUCUGAUGGAGGUGUUGACCAAAUGUGACGAGAUAUGAAGAUAAGCACCACUUUAUAGUAGUCCAGUGGAAAAACAAGAGCACACAAGAAUCCGCCUAUUCCACCAAACAAGGACUGUGCAGUAGUCGGUGCCCAUUUUACUGUACCUGUAAGAAACUGCUUUUCACCGCCAAGGCCAUAUAGUCUAGCCUGCUGUCUUAACCAGCACAGCGUCUUUGUAGUAUGUUAGUGAGCGAGUGACUUCAUAGAUGUAGUGUAGAUGUCUGUGUGCACCUGUGUAGACCGAGAGUUAGACCUGUGAUCUAGACUGUGUUCAUGGUUUGUUAUCCGUUAUAACGUCUUUCCUUUUGUGCGUGCAGUUGCUAUGUGGUUGGUAGAAAAUGUUCAGUAGAUAAACUUGAGCAUUAUGGUGGGACGUUACACAACUUCCACCUCAUGACAUCUUCCUGAUUGACACUUGAAAUGACCAGGGAUCUACCCCAGAUAUAAAUCACAUCCCCAUCCCCUUGGUUUCAUACUUUCACUUUGAUUCAGCUCACUUUAACCCCCCCCAGAUGACUCAAGUGUUCCCCGUGAUGUCCGUCGUCAGUGUCUCAGUCUUUAGUCUGGCAUUGAUCAGCUGUGGGUCCAGCCCAAGUCCCUGAUCUCCUUCUCUGAUAGCACAGACAGACUUACUGCCACUGCACAGAGGCUAAUACUCAACUCUGUAAACACCUCAUUUGGUGCAAAUAAUUUAGUACACUUACAUUUUCCAGCAGAUGAUCCUAGGGUUUUGAAAAUUGGCCAGUGUGGUGCUGAUAAAGGGAAACUUCAGCAGUGUGAAGCAGAUUUUCAGGGUUUUUUUUUUCCUCAUCUGAGCUAUGAGGUCUGAUGAGCAGAAGGGCUGAGGAUACCAUGCAAAACAAGAUGUUUAUUUUAGUGGAUUGUUUGUAAAAUUGUGGUGUUACUGCAUGUAAGAAAGAAGAGACAGAUUUUAAUGCUAGGGAUUUUUUUUUUCUUUCAAAAACUGUGUUUCCUGUUUUCUUCACCGGGCUGGGUGUUAAAGCUUUUGCAACACAGCAGCGUAGACUUUAGUUAAAAUUGAUCACAAGCCAGUCUUUAUGAUUUCCUACUGCAGUACUGGGACCCGUGGACCUUUUAGAACUUGAAUCUAAUUGAGAACUUGUAAGGGCUUAGGCUGUCCAGCCAAGUAAUCUGUAAUAUGUCUAAUGCUUACUGCUGCUGCUGCUACAGUAUCAGUAGCUACUGAACACUGUGAUGACACUGCUCGAUGGUUUGAGAUGAUAAACAGAUAUGCAGCAGUUUAUAACAGUGUAUUUUAUUUAGGCCAAGACCUGGGUUUCAUAGUAUUUGCAAGUAGUAGCGCUUAUUGAAGUCACAGGGAGUUUGGCAUAUCAGGACAUUUCAUAAUAAAAUUCAGAAACACUUUGUCACAGAAGUGUGCAGAAUAUUAAAAACCAAAUCAAAUGGAACAACUUCUCAUGCUAACAGUUUUCAGUUAAUGAUAUGGAAUCGAUAUCAAAACAAACAUCCAAAGCAGUAAAGUUCCUUCAUGACCUUGGAAAUAGUAGUUUAAUGUUUUGCUUCUGUCAAAAGAAUAGUACUGUAAUACCAGUUAUGAGAACUACCAAAGUCAAAUUGGUUGCUCUUUGUUCCAGGACAAUUUAACAAACCCAGUUUAUGGAGAUCUGUUGGUUUUUGACAUGUAAUGUCUUAAAAUGUAGGGAUUAUUCUGUGCAGGUACUGUGAAAUCCAGGCUUUAAUCUCAUCAGUGCUGCCUUGGCUAAUCUUAUAAAUAGAGAUUCACCGAUCCAAAUUUGUCCCUCUGGACUCAGGGCAUCUGUCAUCAUCGAGUACUGAUCUGACAUCAGUGUCCUUCUCUUUUCCCCAAAUUAAAAAUCUGUAUAUCUCACAGUGUGGAACUUUGUAUGCUCUAUUGUUUUGAACUGUUAGGUAAAAUGAGAACAGCGAUUGCUGAGGCAGUAAGUCAGCAGCCCACUAUGACCAUAUUUAUGAAAUUGAAAGUGGAAACACAAAUUUUAAUUGACAAUAAAACUAUAUGUGAUGUGGAUCAGUGACAUAAUGGAUAAUACCAGUCCAUUUAACAGAGUGUGGUGUUUGGGUCGGUGCAUCCCUGUUUGAGAAGUGUGGCUGACGUCUUUCUUUGCCUUUAAAGACGGUCGUUCCUGUUAUUGUUCAGAUCACAAGUCACUGCUGCCACCUAUUGUCAGGGAGACCGCAACUACAGUUGCCAGUCUUUCAUGGCUAACGUUUUCUCAUUCAUACAUGGUGAGAUUUUACAGUUUGUGGUUGACUUUGUCCACAGCUCUCAUUUCAACAGAAAUCACAUGGUUUGGGUUCAUUCUGGCUUUUAGUCAAUUCAGAUGAAUACUGAUGGCACCAGCACAAAUCCUGUUUCUACAGGAAGAGCUGUGCUUCCCCCAACUUUGCACAAAAAUGCAGGUUUGUAUGUAUUAUGUAGAUGCAUUUUUUUCUUAGUAAAAUUUUUGUUUUUG